AUGAAGAAAGCAAAUACAGUGACGACUACAGUUGUAUUUGCACUAGUUGUUUUGCUCGCACACUCUCUUGCUGCUCCCCAAGAUCACAAACAUGAAGCAGAGCUAAGAGGAUCUAGAACAACAAGAUCAUACUGUGAUCCAUUUUACCUAUAUCUGAUUGGAAAAUGUGGCCAUUGGCCUUUUCCUACCUUAACGUGCCCUCACAACCCUUUUGACCAAACACCACCAACUCCAUCAUUUCCUUUUCCUCCACCAAUAACUUACUCACCAAGAAUCCCUCCACCUGUGCAAUAUUCUGCACCACCACCACCGCCACCGCCGCCUCCAGCCUGUCCAUCGCUGUCACCACCACCACCGGAAUGUUCACCGCCGCCGGCUUCACCCUGCUGCCCAUUACCACCGCCGCCUGUUCAACCCUGCUGCCCACCUCCAUCACCCUCCCCACCACCUCUUCCGCCGGCGCCGCCUGCUCCGACCCUUUUUCCACCUCUUGUUCUUCCCCCUCCAAUGUCUCAAAUUCCAACAUUUCCAUGGCUAUCACCUCCGAACCCCUUCAUCAGUAAUGCACCGCCACAUGUCCCAUUCUCACCUUCGCCACCUUUCCUUUCAACGCCAACACUGCCAGACAUUUCCUUUCCCCCUCCACUUGAACCCACGCCGUUUCUUUCAACGCCACCGGUUUUUACUGUGCCCGAAACACCGGAGCUGCCGGAGGGCACACCGGAUGUUUUCUUAGCGCCACCAGAAUUGCCGGAGGAGCCACGGGAGAAUUUGGUUCCUGAUCCUGAAGAGCCGCCGUCGCCAUUCACCAUUGGCUUAUAA